AUGGUCUUUUUAUUAGCAAAUUGUUUGGUUUCUGUAUCCGCCAAUAUGUUUUUAACAACCUGCUUCCCCUUGUUUCUUCUCCUCUUCCGCCCAGAUCGCACAACCUCUCCGUUAGGACUAUUUCCAGCCUCUGUAAUGCUCAUGGACAUGGCUUCAUUCACUUCAUCGCUCUCGAGAUGCGACUUAUGUGCACUACCAUCGCACCAUGAGAACCACGAAAGUGAGACUAUCGUCCCAUUCAGUUACAUCAAAAUGUCUAAAAUAGCACGGAUUGGAGCACGUCCAUCGAAGUUUCUUCUUCGUAGUACCGUGCAGAUACGAAACCAGUCCCAGGCAGCGACGGUCGAGGCCCCUCCAGACACAAUCCGGAUUGUACCGUCGCUCUCAGACCUCACUAAACCCGACCGUUUCGAAUCCGAUCUUCUGACCUCUUUGGUACGACAUCUCCAGUCGAGAUACCUCAUUGAAGGAAGUACGCACGAAGAGCUUUUCCAUCUCAGUGAACCAGGCAAAUCUGGCCAACUCAAGCUCUAUUGUGGAGCAGACCCAUCUGCCAAAUCACUUCAUAUUGGAAAUCUAUUACCAUUUAUGGUAAUGCUCCACUUUAGAUUACGUGGAUAUGAUGUAGUAGGGCUCAUUGGAGGAGCCACUGGUGCAGUCGGUGACCCCAGUGGCCGUAGCAAAGAAAGAGCACAAAUAGAAAGCGACGAAAGAGCUGACAAUGUUGCGAGAAUUGAGCUGCAAAUCAGACAAUUUUUGAAUAAUGGUGUGGAAUAUGCCAGGUCCCGGAAUUAUCCAUUUCCUGGUGAUGUUGGCAAAUCGGUGGUCAGAAAUAAUGCCGAUUGGUGGAAAUCUAUUGGGAUGCUUGAUUUUUUGGCAAAGUAUGGAAGACAUAUUAGAGUCACCAAUAUGUUGGCAAGAGAUUCUAUUCAGUCUCGGUUGUCUUCUCAGGGUGGUUUAGGAUUCAAUGAAUUUACCUAUCAAGUUUUGCAAGCUUAUGACUUUUGGGAGUUGUAUAAGACAGAAGGAGUCAAUCUUCAAAUUGGUGGAAAUGAUCAGUGGGGAAAUAUUACUGCUGGAAUUGAUUUGAUUUCACGGUUGCACAAACUUGAACCUCAGACAAAAGAAAGAAAAGAUAAAAAUGCAUACGGCAUUACCGUACCACUCUUGACAACUCCCAGUGGUGAGAAGUUUGGUAAGUCUGCUGGUAAUGCUGUGUUCAUCGACCCUUCCAUCACCUCACCUUACCAGCUCUACCAGUACUUCAUUCAAACACCUGACGAGAUUGUGGGCAAGCUUUUGAAGGUUUUCACAUUAUUACCAUUACAUUCUGUGGAUGAGCACAUCCUUCCCGACCAUGAAAAAGACCCCGGUUCUCGUAUUGCCCAGCGUGUUUUGGCCAGAGAAGUGGUUGAUUUGGUGCACGGAGUUGGUGUGGGUGAUCAAAUGGCCUAUAUUACCAGCUUUUUGUUUCCUACUCCCGAUCAACCAUUUGAUGACGAAAUUUCGGCCGCAAAGUUAAUUGAGAAUUUUAAAAGAUCUGGUAUUUUGGUGCACCUUGAUAGCACCCAAGUCAAGUUCAACGACCUCAAGAUGAGCACCUUGUUGUCCAAGGUGAUGAACAAGUCAAAGACUGAAACAAAAAACUUGAUCAAAAAUGGAGGCAUAUAUCUCGGACUCGAGAGAGAACAAUUACAGGAUCCAGAUGAUGUGGUGCUUUUCGACAAGGAGAAUCACUUGAUCGAUAAUAAACUUCUUCUUGUUCGGUCCGGGAAGCAAAAUUAUUACGUCGUUGUUAUCGAAGACAGCGAUUAG